AUGUCUGCAAAUAACAAUAAUCCACCAAAGAACAUUGGGGCUUCGUCCCCCUUCAACAAUUUGUUGCCUGUGCACCCGUCUGCUCAGCAACAAGUCGGAUCUGGCUUUCCGGGGCAAUUUCAAAUGUCCCAGUUAACUGCAGCUCAUGCCCAAGCCAUUGCUCAAGUUCAGUCUAAGGCCCACGCUCAAGUGCAGGCAGCCCAUGCUCAAUUCCAAGCGCAGCUGCAAGCUGCUCAAGGGCUUUCAUUCAAUCAAGCACAUUCCAGUGGGGCAAACUUGGGUUCGCCAUCUCCCUCUAUUUCAGGAGCUGGAAGUGCCAAUGCAAAAAAGUUUAUGCUGAAACCACCUGUGCGGCCGACUGGCUUCUCGCCCACCAACACAGUUUCUCCUAUGAGGACAAUGGAUGCUUCAGCUGCUCUACGCAGGAAGAAGCAGAAGCUUCCAGAGAAGCAGUUACAGGAAAGAGUGGCAGCAAUUUUACCUGAAUCUUCUCUUUACACACAGCUCCUUGAGUUUGAGUCUUGUGUGGAUGCUGCUCUGACAAGGAAGAAAAUUGAUAUCCAAGAGGCUCUAAAGACUCCGUCAUACAUACAGAAAACUCUCCGGAUAUAUGUAUUUAACACUUUUGCUAAUCAGAUUCGUACAAUUCCUAAGAAGCCAAAUGCAGAGCCGCCUACAUGGGCCCUUAAAAUUGUAGGGAGGAUUUUGGAGGACGGGAUGGAUCCUGAUCAAGCUGGCAUGAUGCAGAAAUCAAGCUCCUUAUAUCCAAGAUUCUCUUCAUUUUUCAGGAGAGUUACUAUUUCCUUGGACCAGAAACUCUAUCCUGAUAACCAUAUGAUUUUAUGGGAUAGUGCUCGGUCACCUGCUUCUCAUGAAGGCUUUGAGGUAAAAAGGAAAGGGGAUCAAGAAUUCACCUCGAAUAUACGUUUAGAAAUGAAUUAUAUGCCCGAAAAGUAUAAGCUUUCAUCGGCUCUAAUGGAAGUCUUAGGUAUCGAGGUUGAUACUCGUGCAAGAAUUAUGGCUGCCAUUUGGCAUUAUGUGAAGGCUAGAAAGUUGCAGUGUCCGGAUGACCCUUCAUCUUUCAAUUGUGAUCCUCCGCUUCAGAAAUUGUUUGGGGAAGGAAAGAUCAGAUUUACUGCAGUGACACAGAAAAUAACACCCCAUCUAUUUCCUCCACAACCCAUACAUUUAGAGCACAGGAUCAAACUUUCAGGAAAUUGUCCUGCUGGAACUGCAUGCUAUGAUGUCCUAGUUGAUGUACCCUUCCCAAUACAGAGGGAAUUGAAUGCUCUGUUGGCCAAUACUGAAAAAACAAAAGAGAUCGAUGCCUGUGAUGAAGCAAUUUGUACUGCUAUAAGAAAGAUCCAUGAGCACCGUAGAAGAAGGGCAUUCUUUCUUGGUUUUAGUCAGUCACCCAUAGAAUUUAUUAACACUCUGAUUGAUUCUCAAAACAAGGAUCUGAAAGUUGUAUCUGGGGAAGGAAUUCGCAAUCCAGAAAAAGAGCGUCGAUCAGAUUUCUACAGCCAACCCUGGGUGGAAGAUGCUGUUAUACGCUAUCUGAAUCGUAAACCACCUGCAGAUGCUCCUGGAAGCACGAGUAGGCAUGAACCCUAA